UGGAGGAGGCGGGGCUUGUCGGAAUACGGGUGGUAAGAGGAAGCGAGUGGAGCGGUUUUUCCUUCACGGUGAGAGCGGCUUCUGAUGCGUUUGUCCAGAUGAUGCGAGGGAAGACCAUCAUCGUCACUGGAGCCAACAGCGGCAUAGGCAAAGCCACGGCGGUGGAGCUCCUGCGCCGGCAGGCCCGGGUGAUCAUGGCCUGCAGGAGCCCGGAGAGAGCGGAGCAGGCCGCGCAGGAGAUCCGGCAGGAGGCCGGGCCGGAGCAGGGCGAGCUGCUGGUCAAACUGCUGGACUUGGCGUCUCUGAAAUCAGUGCGCAGCUUCUGCGAGGAGAUAAUCAAGGAGGAGCCCAGGCUGGACGUUCUGAUCAACAACGCCGGAGUCUAUCAGUGUCCCUACACAAAGACGGAGGACGGCUUUGAGAUGCAGUUCGGCGUGAACCACCUGGGCCACUUCCUCCUCACUAACCUCCUGCUGGACCUCCUCAAACGCUCCGCCCCCAGCCGCAUAGUCGUGGUCUCGUCCAAGCUCUACAAGUAUGCCGAGAUCAACUUCGACGACCUGAACAGCGAGCAGAGCUACGACAAAGCCUUCGCGUAUGGACGCAGCAAGCUGGCCAACCUGCUCUUCAUGCUGGAGCUGGCCCGGAGGCUGGAGGACACGGGCGUGACGGUCAAUGCCCUUACGCCUGGCAUCGUGAGGACUAACCUGGGUAGGCACGUCCACAUCCCUUUCCUGGUGAAGCCCCUCUUUAGUCUGUUCUCCUGGGCUUUCUUUAGAACACCGGAGCAUGGGGCGCAGACCUCCAUCUACCUCUCCUGCUCUGACGACGUGGAGGGGGUCCAGGGGAAGUGCUUUGCCGACUGCCGCGAGGAGGAACUGCUUCCUAAAGCCACAGAUGAAGAGGUGGCUAAGAAACUGUGGGACAUCAGCGAGGUGAUGGUGGGCAUGAGCACCUAGAGGAACAUCACCCCUGCAACUUUACGAACGAUGGACCAUCAAAUGUGGUGGACGUGGCCUGUUAAGGGGCAGUUUGUGGCACUUAUUGAAACUGAUGGUCUCACUAAUAAGGUAUCCACAUAGUAGGAAUUCAUCACUGAUUCUUGUCAGCCUGUCACUUUCAAGCUGUGCCACAAAUUUAGUUAUGCACUGACCGAAUUGUGGAUAUUUGGACGUCACCACUAAGCAAACUAAUAAAUCCAACCGAAUGGCA